AUGUCCGAUUUCUUCCGGGCGUUUAACAAGAUCCUGGGACAACGGCAGCGAGUGUCGAUGACAUUUCGGCCGCAAUCCAACGGGACCGCAGAAAGAAUGGUGCAGACUGCGAUCAGGAUGCUCAAGAUGUACGUUCGAGAUCUGGAUCAGAAGAAUUGGGAUGAGUAUGCAGACCAACUCAUCUUCGCGAUCAACACGACCCAUGAUCGGAUCCGAGGGGAUACCCCUCGAUAUGGGAUACAUGGGUGGAAUCUGAUAUCGACGCUGGAGACUACACUGCCAGUCGGAUGUACCAGACGGCACGAUCGAGACGCGCGUCGGUGGCGUUAUCGGGUCCAACGAUAUUAUCAGCAGUCCCGAGAGCAAGUCAACACCAGAUUGAGAGAAACCAUUGCGGAUCGGGACAGCCGACAUAAUAAAGACGUCGGAUUGCAUCAGAUCGAGGAUGGAUCUUGCGUUUGGUUGUACCUAGACCGGGCGAAGGAAGGGUUUGCUCGAAAAUGGGCUCACCUGUGGUAUGGGCCAUUCCGGGUUGCUGAAAAGAUCAACGAAUUCAGCAUCAAGCUCGAGAUCGCGGGUACUGGGUACCAGAUUUUCCCAGUGGUCCACGUGUCGAAGCUGAAAUUGGUCAAGGACUUUCCGGAUCGGCCGCGAACAGAACUCACGGUCGACGAAUCGGAUCGCCUCGAAUUCGAUGAGAUCCUGCUUCCGGAAGAAAGCUGGGCCCCAGAUCUCGGAAGCGAUGAAUACGUAAUCAAACAGAUCUCGGACGUACGGAGUGGGAAGAAAAUGCGAUUCGGUCGGAUCUACCGAGAAUUUUUGGAUAUUACGACCUGGGUCGCCGAAGCCAAUCUCAACCGCGGAGCGAAACUGAACGCUUUCCUGAGGGAACGAGCGAAUCGUAAUCUCUUCAACGUGAUGCAAUCGCAGGAAGAGGAGUAA